AUGCCAACAAUCACUUUUGGUAAGGCGGUGACCGAGUUUGGAAAUAUGGCUUUCAAAGGAGUUACAGUUGUUACAGAUAUUGCAAUUCCAACAGUCACUUCAUUUGGAACACAUGUUUUUGAUGGAAUCACAACUCUGAAACACGCCGAUUUGUCUGAAAAUACAAUGAUUCCUGAGGGUACUUUUUCGGGAUGCACUAUGUUGAAUAACGUUUCAAGAACACAGAAAGUUGCAACAGUUGGAAAAGACGCGUUCAAAGAUUGUGCUCAACUUGAAAACCUCAAUUUGUAUGCGCCACUCACAACAUUAUCAGACACACUGUCCAAUGUGAUAAACUUGUUUUUCCAUGGUACUGCGGCACCAGCAGCUCUCCCAACUGAUUUGAACAGCAAACUGAAUGUGUAUGUCACUGAAAACUACACAGCCUCUGUGUUUGGAAAGUUGACUGUUCUCAAGGCGAAAUGCACCAACUCUGAAUGUGUUGAUGUCACUCCUGAUGUUGCACCAGCUGCAAAAAUGGCAGGAGAAGUCACACCAAAGUGCAAAGCAUGCCCAAACAAUUUCUUGAGUGUUGAUGGAAAUAACUAUUACUGCGAGUAUGAUAUGGCAGUUUGUUUGUCCAAGCAUCCCAAUUGCAAAGUGUGUGCUGUUGAUAAAUGCUACCAAUGCAAGGAUGAUAAAUACUUGAAGGAAGACCUCUUUGAGUGUUUUGACAAGUGUGAUGAUGGGUAUUUCAAAGACACCAUAAACGAAAAUAACCACACUUGUGGAAAAUGUCAACCAGACUGCAAAACUUGCACUGAUGGGACCAAAUGCACUUCUUGUCCAGAAAACGCACUGCUUCUUGAAGACACUGGAAAAUGUGUUACAGCCACUGAAUGCCCAUCUGGAUACUACAAAGAUAAAACAGCAGCAGCAACAUGUAAGAAGUGCAAAACUGGAAGCAAUUGUCUGACUUGUGAAUCUGACACAAAGUGUUUGUCUUGUAUUGAUGGAUUCUAUUUGGCAGAUGAAGGAAAAUGUUCUGCAUGUAACACAAUUGCUGGGUGUGGGAAAUGCAAGUCAGCCACCGAGUGCACUGAAUGUACAACUGACAAUCUCCAACCAGACAAAACUUGCAAAAAGAACUGCCCAGAAGCGUACUUUGCAAAGGAUAAGGUGUGCACCGCAUGUGUUGAUGAUUGCAAGACGUGCACCGAAGAAACCAAGUGCACUAUUUGCAAAGAAGAUGCUCUGAUUGUUGAAGACACCAAAAAGUGUGUGAAAGGCAACUGUCCAGAUAUGUAUUUCAAAGAUAAUGCUGAGAAGAUGUGCAAGAGAUGCACUGAUGGUUGCAAAGUGUGCAGCAAUGCAACUGACUGCCAAGAGUGUGUUGCACCAAAGAUGUUGGAGGAGGGAACUAUGAAGUGUGUUGAGAAAUGUGGAGAUGGGUUCUUCAAUGUCGACAACAAAAAGUGUGACAUGUGCAUGGAUAACUGCAUGACGUGUGCAGCAAAAGAAAAGUGUGACAAGUGCAAAGAAAACUAUUUUAUUUCCGAAGACAAAUGUGUUGACAUGUGUCCAGAAAAGUACUUUGAAAAAGAAGGAAAAUGCGAGAAGUGCAAAGACACAUACAACACGCCAUGCAAACAAGGCGACACCGAAUGCGAGGUUUGUAUGAACAAAAGUGGGACAUUGAAGGUGUUAGUUGUAGUUGUGGUGUUUGUCUUGAUGAUUGCCUUCUAA